AUGCACCAAAAACUAAACCUACACCCGGUCGUACGGGUGAAAUUAGGGAACCGGGGAAUCCGGUCGUACGUGUGGAAUCCGACUCGGUGGGGGAAUACUGACAAUUGGAUGGGGCGUGGAAGGAAACAGAGUGUCAAGCGGACGGAGUUGGAAGCUUUAGUGUGGGCUAUGCAAUGUAUGUUAGCCCACAAUAAACGGCGUAUGAAUUUUCAGACAGAUUGCACAGACUUGGUGAAGAUGGUGUCGACACCCAGAGAGUGGCCAGCAUUUGAAAAUCUACUUGACGAGGUUGAGCAGUGCAAGAGGAAGUUCCAGGCGUUCUCCUUAACCCACAUCCCAAGGACAAAUAACACAAAGGCAGACAAGCUAGCACGGAGUGCUCGAGAUCAGCCUUACAAUGUGUGCUACAUAAACUCAGUUCCACCGGUUUCAAUCCCCGAACCGUUGUAG